UGUCAGAUUCUAUCGGAGGAUUCUCACCGCGCGCGACAUCUGACGUAUGCCAACAGAUAUACAAGAAGAAGGAGCGUCUGCUAACGCUUGUGUUACUGCGCAUACGCGUACGUCUUGUUCCACGCUCUUUCUAGGCUGCGAAACAUCUGACAUUUGACAAACCAUCAGCGUCGGUCUGUCUCUCAUCUAUGAAACGGAACUCGUGGACUCGACAGUGGUCGUCGGGGAAAGGAUGUAUCUCUAGACGUGCAAGCUGAAUCGUCCAUAUUCUCAAGAUGCACAUCAGUAGAUAGUACCGACGUUAAAUAAACAAGAACAUGAACUCGCCGUCAAAACUCACGGAGUUCGCUCCGUUGAGUCCCGAGGAGAGUCAACCUGUCGUGGCAUCACUUUUCUCCAGGUUCUUCAACUUCGCCAGAAAUCCAUCAAGCACCAAUGAUCCCACAGCAUCCUCUAACAACGACGAACGUAGUUCUUCUGAUUCUGAGUCAUGGAAGCAAUCAGAAAGUACAGAACGAACUCCUGAUGAUGACAGUACCAGCAUAAUAAAUUUUCCUUUAGAUACCCGUGAGGGUCGCAGUUUACCAAAUGUUUUGAAACGCAUCAGCAACAUUGUAGCAUUAAAGAGUAAUAAUUUACGUUCAUAUAAAGAUUCUCAGUUAAGGAGCUAUUGGAUGCCAGACAGCGUAAGUAAACAGUGUUACGAGUGUGGUGAGAGAUUUACUACUUUUCGCAGGAGGCACCACUGUCGUGUGUGUGGCCAAAUCUUUUGCUCAAAAUGCUGUUCUGAUCAAAUACCAGGGAAAAUCAUGGGAUGUACCGGAGAUCUCAGAGUUUGUACAUAUUGCUGUAAAGUGGUUCUUUCUUAUCUGCAAUCCUCAGACAUGAGAAGUGAUUUAUCAGCAGAUUUGAAAGCGCUGCAGGAGGACCUUCAAGUGAAGUAUGGAAAUAAUUCACCGCUGUUAGCGCGAAAACACACAAACGAGUCGAUAGGAGACGAAGCUUUGAUAUGUCGGAAACCAAGUGUGGGAUAUAUGGAGGAAAAUUACGCGACUGGACGAUCAGGUAAUAGUUAUUUAACGUUGCACGAACGAACUCUCGUGUUACAAAAUUCGGCCUCCUUGCGGAUGAUCUGCGAGGAAUUAUUCCGGUCUGGUCAAGCUAUUACUUUGCAAACACACAGGAUCCGAUUGAAAAGUUAUCACAAUUGUUUCCUGGCGAACGAGCUGGUGAAUUGGAUGAUAGCUCAGAAUAAGGCAGCCACGCGCGUGCAGGCAACCGCAAUCGGUCAAGCGCUAUUGGAAGCAGGCUUCAUCGAGCCAGUCGUCACCGAUAACGUGUUUAGCGACACAGCAACGAUAUUCAAACCGGUACAGUUGUCUUCUCUGCAAAGUAUAGAUCUGUUAACAGAGAAGCAAACGACGUGCGACGCUCAAGAACCAGCAUGGGUGAAGACUAUUCCUCAGCAUGAUUCUACCACUGAUUCUGAAAGCGAGACAAAACCGACGACUUCGACGUCCUUUGGUCGUGUACCAUCCACCAUUGCUCAGCCGACCUUUGGCCGUUUGCCCUCGUCUAGUUCAAGCUUUUAUCUAGACUUGAAUCUGGAGGCGUCCACAGUUACUUUGAAAAGACCGACUUCGGAAGAUCUAACCACCAUUUCUAUAGAUAGCAGCGACGGAAUAGUCGAGCAGAAAGAAAUCAAUCUUCCGAAAACACACAAUUGCAAUCUCAAGAUGUGCGACGAUCUGUUGAGCGAUACGCUUCAGGUGCACGAAUUCAAGGAGAAGAAUGGUUGGCAUAGAGCGACCAAUCUGCGGACGGUCUUCGGCGAAUUGAACACGUACGAGUGCUUAACAUCCGCAUACAAAGCACACGAGGAUUCUCUCAUUAAGCAACUUCUCAGCAAGGAGGGCUUGUCGCAAACGUGGUCCAACACGAUUUUGUCUGUCGCUCAUCAGAUUGUCGAUCACGUUCGACCGGAUCUGAAUCAUGACGCUGACAAUUUGGAUAUUCGACAAUACGUGCAGUUCAAGAAAUGUCCCGGUGGUAGCAGAGACGACUGUGAAAUCGUGUCUGGCGUGGUCUGUAGCAAGAAUAUCGCUCAUCGCGGCAUGAACGCCAUGAUUGCGCAUCCGAAGAUCUUGUUGCUGCAAUGCGGACUGAUGUAUCAGCGCGUUGAGGGCAAGUUGCUGAGCUUGGAGCCCGUAAUGUUACAGGAGAGCGAGUACUUGGGACAUACAGUAGCGAGAAUUACUGCUCUGGGCCCGGAUGUAGUACUCGUGCAUCGAUCUGUAUCCAGACUCGCCCAGGACAAGCUGAGGGAGUGCGGUGUAACUUUGAUUUUGAAUGUGAAACUCAGUGUACUGAAGAGAGUGGCGCGUUGUACCGGUGCUAAUAUCGUGAAUACAAUAGACGCGCACAUAAGCGCCAGGUAUAUGCUUGGCACGUGCAAGAAGUUUUAUUUAAGGGAGUUUCCGGAUGAACGAAGAGGUGUCAAGACGCUGAUGUACUUCGAAGGUUGCGCGAAUCCGCAUUUGGGCGCGACUAUUUUACUGCGUGGUGGCUCGCAGGUCGAGUUGAAGAAAGUGAAGAGCGUUACUUCGAUGAUGAUCUUUGCGGCUUAUUCGUGGCGCCUCGAGAAAUCAUUCCUCAUGGAUGAGUUCGCCAAACCACCGUCGCCUAAGGACAAUUCCUUUCUGGAUGAGACGUUGCAGAAAGAUGUUUCGCCAAAACUAAACCAAACCGAGAAAAUCGAGAAUAAUGUUGUAGAUGAACACCAAAUGCUAGUGACGGACACGAAGAAGUCGUCGGAAAUAAGCGAAGAAUAUGAUGGCACAUUUGACAACGGGCAACAAGGCUUACGGAAUGUCCAUGCAACUAAUCAGAAUGUGGUUGCAAAAGACGAGAGCAGCAUUUAUUCCUCCGAGAGUAUACUGGGUUCUAACUCUCUGCGGGAAGUAUCGUCGAUGCUAUCGGAGGAUUCUGAUCCUUAUGAUACUUUAAAGCUGUUCAAGACGAAAUUGAGGCAAGUGACCCCGCAAGAUUCAAAGGACACGGUGUCGACGUCAACGCGCGGAAACAGUACUUCACGUAACGACGGCGAAACCAAAGACGACACCUCCGGCUUCGUUACCGACGACGCCACAGAGGAGCAUGACAAUACCGCGAAAUUAUUCGGCAAUAAGGACUCGUGCGCUGAGCACAAGACCGAAGAGCCGUUCGACAAAACGAAACUGAAAGACAAAAUAUCGUCGGAGGAGAAGCGUAUCUACGGGGAAUCCAUAAGCGACCGAAGCGAUCCGUUGCAUCAGUACCUCAAUGAAGAUGACGAAGAAGGGAACGUGCUGGAUCGCACCAGUCCGAACGGUCAGUGUUUGAGCGUAGCCGAUUUUCCGCUGUUCAACAAGUUCAAGAAAGCGCUCGAGGGCACCGUGCUGAGUGUGUCGCCGUACCUGAAGUUUUCCAUACCGUACCUGGAGACCGAGCUCGGCAGAAACUGCUUGCUGAGAAGCUUCUUCCCGCGGGAGAUCUACUACUCGACGCAGUUCCUCGACAAAGUAAAAGAGAUCCGCACGAACAGUGUGAGCGCGAACGAGCAACACGCGUCGGAGAAUCCGUGGGCGAACGUGCGGCUCAAGUCGCAGCACCCGUUCGUGCAGACGCGACUCACCAGUUACGACAGUCGCGACGUGCAGAACAUGUUGGCGAAUUUCCGUGCGUGCGGCAGUCGGCUUUAUCCGACGCACAACGUAUUGCUUCAGCAGUCGUCCGUACCGGUUGAGAGUAACAAUGAGCAGAACGUCGCUACCACCGCCAUCGUCAACUUCUGGCCGGACUGCUUGGAUUCAAGCAGCCAUCAACGUCUCUCCGUGCUGUUCUGCAGCUUCUCACACACCGGUAAUGACACCCCGGCAUUCUGCGUGAAUCCCUGGGUCGUCAAUAUGGACAUGUACGGGCAGAACGAUAUCGCGCUGGGUCGCUUUCUCGAACGUUAUUGUCUCACCACCGAGUACAGGUGUCCAGCGCAGGCAUGUCGCGCGCAAAUUUCUCAACACGUGCGUCGCUUCGCGCACGACGGCGGCUGUGUGCACAUCAGCCUGAGCGAGAUGAGCUCUGAGCCGUUCGUCCAAGAGAAUGACGACCAGAUCCUCGUGUGGAGCAAGUGCAUGCGUUGCAAGAGCGUGUCGCCGGUGGUACCGAUAUCCAGCGACACGUGGUGCCUGUCGUUCGCCAAGUAUCUCGAGUUGCGCUUCUACGGCGGUGUGUACACCAGACGCGGCAUGGACGCGUGCCAACACUCGUUGCACCACGAUCAUUAUCAGUAUUUCACUCGCAAGAACAUGCUCGCCGUGUUCAAGUUCACGCGAAUCUCCCAGUGGGAGAUCUCGCUGCCGCCACCGCUUAUAAACAUCAUCUACGAUCCGAAGCAACACGCGAACGUGAUCGAGGAGAUGAAGAGUCUGGCGCUGAAGGGCGACGAGGUGUUCUCGGCGAUCCGGGAGAAACUCACGCAAGUCCUGCAGACGGAUUUGGAGAGCCUGAACAUCGCUAAGCAACAGUUGACUAAGGAUCAGCAGUAUUUCAAGAACAAGAUCGAGGAGAUCCAGCUUAAAUUAACGUCGCCGACAUUGGAGAACAAGCGACUCGAAGGCAAGACUUCUGAAAGACAAGUGCAAGCGCUCAUGUUCAGAAUCGAAGACGGUAUCGUGAUACUAAAACGACUCAUCUCCGAGGCCGUGUUCACCUGGAACAACAAACUGUCGGAGAUGUCCACCAAGAGGAAGGACGAGCGACCGCGUAGGUUCACCGAGCGAUCCUUAACUGCCGGCAGCAACAGCGUGAUCGACAACGACGGCUACAUCACCGAGGAUACCGCGUCGGAGUCGCAGCUCGAGGACUUGAGUCCAAUGUCGGCGGAUUACAACGCUGUAGACGCGAUUACGGCUAUACAGGGUGAUUUCCAGGCGUCGACCGAGCUGGUCGAGAACUCCGACAACGAGUCCGCGAAUAAUCCCGACGAGAUCGUCACCGGGAAUCAGGGCUCGCCGAAGAUGCAUCAGAGAUCACAUUCCGACGUGCUACCACUCUCGUCGGAUGACAUGUCCGACAAGAAGAAAAAGAAGAAGACAAUCUUGUCGCAAUUGUUGCCGUCCGUUUCCGUAAACCACACGAUAACGAAUCCUUUGGGGUCUUUGGAGCACUACUUGCUGCCGCUUGGUUCGGUUGUGCCUAUAGUGGUUUACGAGUCCGAGCCGUCGUCUAUAAUCGCGUACGCACUGGACUCGCACGACUACAAGCACGCGCUACAGGAACUGCUGCGAACGACGAAAGGAUCGGAGUUUAACCCCAGUCCGCAGCCGAGCAGGCGCAAGUUGCCAGAGGGCAGAGACAGCUCGCUCGAUCUCGCGCAAUCGAACGAGUUCAAACGACCGUCCGUGCUGUCCUUCUUCCGCGGCAACAGUCCCAACCUGGCCAACAGUCCUGUCGAGUCCGAUAAGAACAUAUCGGGCAUGGAGUCGGGCAACGUUGUCGCCGGCACUACCGAGCCCGUCGUCGACGACGACAAGAGGACCAUCAAGCAACAGAAUUAUAUCGAGGUGCAGUUCAACGACACUACCACCAACUUCUUCUGCAGGAUAUACUUUGCCGCGCAAUUCGCCGCUCUGAGAGAGAGCGUCUUGCCGUGCGGCGAGGAUGGGUAUACAAGAAGUCUGAGUCGCAGCGUGCAAUGGGCGGCGAAAGGCGGCAAAAGCGGCAGCGCUUUUUGCAAAACCAGAGACGACAGGUUCAUCAUAAAAGAAAUGUCUCGGCUCGAGACGCAGAUCUUCCUCGAUUUCGCGCCGAACUUCUUCGCCUACAUGGAGAAGUGUCAGCAGACCAAGCAGCCGACGUUGUUGGGCAAAAUAGUUGGCGUGUAUAGAGUGUCGUUCAAGAAUAACACGACCAAUGCCGCGCUCCGUACCAGCGUGUUAGUGAUGGAGAAUCUGUUCUACAACCGGAUCAUCACCGACAAGUUCGACUUGAAAGGAUCCGUGCGGAAUCGCCUGGUGAAUCCCGACGAGACGUGUCACGAGGGUGAACUCGUUUUGCUCGACGAGAAUCUGCUGAACAUGAGCUGCGACUCCCCCUUGUACAUUCGUUCGCAUUCCAAGGCGGUAUUGAACCGAGCCAUCGAGCAAGACACCAAGUUCUUAGCAGACAACUCCGUGAUGGAUUAUUCCUUGUUGGUGGGCUUGGAACCGAGCUCUGACGAACUUGUGCUCGGUAUAAUAGAUUACAUAAGAACGUUUACGUGGGACAAGAAACUCGAAACUAUGGUGAAGAAGUCUGGCAUAUUAGGCGGUCAGGGUAAAUUGCCGACCAUAAUUUCGCCGGAGGAGUAUCGCGCCAGAUUCAUAGCCGCUAUGCACCGUUAUUUCCUGCCGGUGCCGGAUAGAUGGUCGGGUCUAGGGAAAAGCGUCGAAACGUCUUGAAUACUCAAAGAAUUCCCAAAGAUUAAGGUUACGCGAUUUUACACGUAUACACAGACACAUUCGCCACGUAGCCGAUGUACAUAUAUAUACAUUUUCUACGCAUAUAUUGUAACAAUUGUAACGAUAAAACGAACCGCACUCAGCUAUUAAUUUAGUACUUUAUACCGUGAUAAAAGACGUGCUCGCGCGAGUACAAAAGGUGAUACAGUAGAGAGUUACCAGUUCUUAUACUCUAAAACUUAUUACUAUGAGAAAAUUGUAUUAAACAAACAAAUUAAGUGUUAUGUAUAAUUAUUGUAUCGCAACUUUUUGUACGGGGGUAAUUUCCAUGGCUCGUUGCAGGAUAUGUUGUCUGUCCAAAAAGUUUGUACACAUUAAUUUUGACUCAUUGAUAGCAGUAUAUAUAUAUACACAUAUACAGGGUGGCCCACGUAGUGUUACAAGCUAAUAACUUUAAACAUAUGUCCUAUCAAACCCCCUAUACAAUAUUACAUAUUUGGAUUCUACAGGAAAAAGCAAGUAAACUUUGUCUAAAACA